AAGCGAAGCUACUCGAAAAGCACGUUAAACUGCUCUUCACAUACUUUCCGAACAAACGCGUCUCCUUGUGCGUCAUUUUGGUGACUUUGUAUUUUGAACAGAUGAUAUUAUAAACAAGUACAGUAAAUAAUUGUAUUUAAAAAAUGCAGGGAACAAUCAUAGAAAAUUUAAGCGGUAGAAAGCUUUCGGUACUUGUAAUAUUACUCGUUAUCGCGCAAAUAGUUUGUUUUCUAAUAGGCGGGCUUAUUGCUCCAACUCCAGCUAGUAGCCAGAAUGUGCUUGGUACACCUUGCAAGGAUAUUCGUAUAAAUGGAUCUGAACCAGGAGGAGGAAAAUGGUUUUAUUCAAGGGGAAAAGGAUCAUGUACUCCUGUUGAUAUGAAUCGGUUUAGCUUUGACAGUCACCAUCAAGCAUAUCAGGUUGUUUAUACAUUUCAGAUGCCUGUACCUCGAAGUAGCAUGCAACUUGAUUAUUCUAGAUGGCAACAAAACUUAAUAGGUGUUUUGCAAGUGGAUAUUGUUUAUCACAGUCAGAUAGAAAUUGCUCCUAGGACUAAGAUAACAUUGGAUGCAAGACUUGCUUAUAGGAACAAAGGAGAUCCAGAUGAUGCUUGGAAACCAUAUGCAGCCUCUGUGGUAGAAAGAAUGCUAGAUUGUAGUAUUGAUGAUGCAAUGGAGCAGUAUAAUUACAACUGUAGUGUGGUACCAUUGUUUGAACUUGGAUCUCUGUUUCAUGAUUAUUAUCUUCUAAAUAUUCGUCUUCCUGCUGAUACUGAUAAAAAUAUUAAUCAGGGUUUGGGACAUAUAACUGAUUUAUGGUUCACAGCUAUCAAUCAAAAUGGUGGAUUUACAAAAGUGUGGGUCAGUUUAAAAACUAUUUACUUUCCAAUCGUCUUGUGUGUUCUUACUUGGUACUGGAGACGAGUACAUAUGCUUUCCAGAUCACCAGCUUUGUUGGAGUACUUACUUUUAGCAUUGGGCAUAGCUUUGUCAUUUUUAAACAUGCCUCUGGAAUAUUUAACACUUGCCUAUGAUAUGCCAUUUAUGCUUUUAUUGGGUGAUAUUAGACAGGGAGUGUUCUAUGCAAUUCUUUUAUCUUUUUGGCUUGUGUUUGCUGGAGAACAUCUUAUGAUACAGGAAGGUGAACAAAGAAAUUCUCUAAAAUGUUACUGGCGUCAUCUUUCUGCAGUAGGCAUUGGAUGUCUGUCAUUGUUUGUAUUUGAUAUGUGUGAACGUGGGGUGCAAUUACGAAAUCCAUUCUACUCAAUUUGGGUUACAGAUCUUGGAACUAAAUUUGCUUUAUCUUUUAUAAUCUUAGCUGGAGUUUCCGCUGGCGUGUACUUAAUAUUCUUGGCUUAUAUGAUAUGGAAAGUAUUCAUGAAUAUUAGUGCAAAACGAGCUGCAUUACCUAGUAUGAGUUCGGCACGACGUUUACACUAUGAAGGUGUAAUAUAUCGAUUUAAAUUUUUGAUGAUUGCUACGCUAUUGUGUGCAUCAUUAACGGUUGUUGGUUUUAUUCUUGGCCAGGUUGCGGAAGGGCAGUGGAAAUGGGAUGAAGAAUUACAUUUGGAAAUGACAUCAGCAUUUUUCACUGGUGUAUAUGGGAUGUGGAAUAUUUACAUUAUAGCAUUAUUGUGUUUAUAUGCACCAUCGCAUAAACAGUGGCCUAUUGAACCAUCCGAAAAUAGUAUUAGCGAAGAAAUUGAAUUUUCACGUUUAUCUACUGAUCCUAAUGAAACGUUGUCUUUGACAGCAUUCGCACGAAAAGCAGCAUUAGAAUAAGUAGUACACAUUUUUUAUAAGAAGUAGAACAGUGGUAACCGACCAGUCAACGCAAUUUUGUACUUAAACUUAGCAUGAAAAAUUAUAAAUAUGAAUUAAGGACUUCCGAUAUUUAUAGAGAAUGCAAGGACUGAUAAUACUCUGACAAGUAAUCUUUUAAUGCCAAAAUUAAUUAUUUAUUAUGAAAAAUAUUUUUUAAGCUUUACUUUUUCUAUGGUACAUUUACUUAAUAUUUUAUAUACUUAACAACUAUUACUUCUAAGCGAAAUGAAUAGCGAGCCAUUUUAUCUCUAGAUUUUCUUCAUGUUCGUCUUUGUACGUUAUCAAAUUAGAAUAAUACAUAGGUAUCGUUAUUUUAUAAAACAUUCCAUCUUAAAUCUAAAUAUCUAAAUAUCUUCUAUCGAACAAUUCACAUUACCUACUUUCGUUAACGAUAAAUAAUCUAUUCCGUCGUUUCAUAGAACAUAUCAAUAUUGGGCAUUUAUCCAUAACUAACAUUUGUAAACGUGCAUUUUAAUGGUAGCUAUAUGAUAGUGAACAUGGGUAUUUCAAUAUUAUUUAUUAUUAUCAUACAAAAAGGAUUAAUCUACAUUUGGCAGUAUUAAGUUCCUUUCGAUCAAUAUGUAUAAUAUUAUUCAUAUUUCAUACAUAUUUUUACUAACUCCGAUGCAUUAUUGCUAUAAUUAUUAGAGUUUAAGACGUAUGCAUGCAACAAGGUAGACCUGAACAAAGUAAGAAAAGAGGUGCAAUAAAUUUGUAACAAUUUAGUAGAAUGAAUUUAGUGCAUAUUACUUAUGUAGAGUACUUAUAUUUGAAGCAGCAGAACUAGUAUUUUCUAUAUCUUCAAUGUAUUGAAUGAAUUGUAUCAAUGAACAAUAAUCGAACAAAUUUUGUAUAUUAUUAAUUAUCAUAUUUUUGAAAUAACUUUAAGAACAUGAAAUAACUAAAAUGUAACGUAUUAAUAUUUUAACAAACUCAAAUUUUUGUAUAUUUUUAUUAUUGAACUUUGGUAUAGUAUUUACUUCACACAUUUUUCUUUUGUACAUUAGACAAAAUUUUAUAUUCGUAAUUUUUAUACAUUUUUUAAAUAAAUCAAUUUGUUAGAAUAACUUUAUCGAAUUACUAAAUAUUAUAAUACCAUAUGCGAUAUAUGUAUAUAUGUUAUGUAUAUGUUAAUAUUCUCGUUGUAGAUAUGUCUUUUGUUUCAACGUUAUUAAACGUCCAAGUAAAAGGCGAAUUGUGCCACAUUCGACUUGUCGAACCGUCCUCGCAAUUUGUUUGUCUAUUAGAAGAAUAAUUGCUGUGUAAUUGAACUAUUUCCUCAUAAUUUUAUUCGUAUACGCGCUCAUUUAAUUCAUCAUAAUAUGUGUGUGAAGGGUUAAUUUCAAAUGUCAGAUUUCUUAAAAUUUAAUAGAUAUUGGAUUUUAUAUCGUUGGUUAAAAAAGGUAUUUAUAGGAUAUUUAUAAAUAUUUUGUGUAUCGUUUAUAUCUUAUUAUUAUUUAUAUAAAUAUCAGAAUUCUCAUAAUGUAUUUAAAUUCAAAUUCCAGAUAUAUGUCAUUGAUGUAUACUAUUUCACAGUGUUACCAGGGACUAGUGAUUUUUUUAUGUAUUUUUAAAAUUAAACAUUAAUCAAUUCAUAUUCAAAUUUAUCCAUAAUCAUCUUGUACUUAUUUUCAUAUACGAUAAUUUUAUCACAAAUGUUUUGCGUAUCUUAAAAUCGUAAAUACUUCAUGACGUAAGUGGUUAUAUAUUGUACGUAUAUUGUAAUCGUCUUAUUUACGGAAUACAACAUUAAUUUAAUGUUUCAUAUAUGUUUCGCAACAAAGUAAGUAAUUCGCGUAGAUAAAGCAUCAAAUAAUAAAAUAUAAACAAGUACUGGAAUAUGUA